AUGCUGUUCAACCAGUAUUUAUGUGGGAAAGAACGUGCUAAGUUGAAUGUAUCAAGUAAAUUCUCUCCCAUCCGAUCUCCCGGAUCCAGGAAUGUGAAUGGCAUCCAAUGUGAUUACUUUAAGAAGUACGAUAGGAUAAACAGUGUGAAAAUGAUCAAGAAUAUUUACGGCGAGGUACUCAUAGCCCACAGUGAUGGAGUUGCUGAGCCAGUGCCAAUCUUUGAGCAUCGCCCCUUUGCUGAAGAAACAGGUUUAUUUAUUGUCCUCUUCACAACUUACUUUCCUACCUAUCGAUGUGUCACCAGGAAAUUUAGCAACCAGAAUGCCAGGGGUCAAGUCCCAUCUGUUUCAGACAUCCAGGUGGAAAAACACAUGCCAUGUGGUAUUCCAAUCGUGUUCCAGAUUAAAGUCGCUGGAUCAGACUAUCUCAUGUACUGCACUGAGGAAGGAAACAGAAAAGUUGUGAAGUUUAAGGAAGGUAAUGCUCCAACAAAUGUAGAAGACAGCAUGAAGAACAUUAUCUUUUACCAGCAGAAGUUUGAUAGUACAUAUUUCAAAUUUGAAUCUGCCUGGGCGAGCGGAUGGUUCCUGUGCACUGAAGAAACAAACAGGUCUCACAUCUUCAGUCUGAAGAAGGUGAUGAGGAGAAAUGAUGAAAUGAUAGCUGUUGGUCUGGAUAAUGUGCCAUAA